AUUAAUAUGAUCAGCUGCUAGGUGUGAACUCCAAGAAAUUGUCAAUUUGUUAUUACUUUUGAAAAAUGAAUUAAAUCGAGCUCUUGAUAAACUCUGCAGUGGAUCGCCACAAGGCAACCGUAGGGAAAGUCGUGGAAUUGGCAGCAAUGUCGGCGACAACCUUUCAGGAAUUGCAAUACUUGGCAGGUUCCUCAAAGGCAUAGGACCUUUCCGCGACUCGGAUCAUUUUGGGAGAAGGAUGUUCCCCAGAGUUCAGACAAAAGUGUGUCGAAUUGUUUCCGAUUUUUGUCGUGAGGUUAUCCUCCAACUUGCUGGCGACUAUCUACCUCCCGAUUUUCUCGCCCAGGAGAAGAUCACCGAAACAGUCAAGGGAUUUAAGAGCACUGGGUUUCCCCAGUGCCUUGGAGCAAUUGAGAGAUGCCACAUCAAGAUAAGUCCGAAAUUACAGGAUGCUGAGGCUUUCCGAAACAAUGUGGCCCUUUUCGCAUUAGUAGAUUUUCGUUACAGAUUUUCUUACAUAAGUAUUGGAAGGCCCGGUAAAAGCCACGAUUCACAUAUAUAUGGUUUUAAGCGGGAACUAAUUGAGUCGGAUUUGCGUAGAGAGAAUGCCAAGUCUGUUCAGGGAGUUUGGGUGCCACUACUACUAGUGGGAGACUCCGCAUCAAGAUUUUCCAGGCACGUCAUGAAACCAUAUCCCUCUUCCAUGGUCGCAACUCCAGAGCAGAGAGCCUUUAAUUACCACCUAACAAGGGGUGACAUCAAAAAGCUGUGGUUUUUGUUUCAAAAGUUAGAGCCGAUACGGUCUUACUAUUUUUGUUAAAAGUAGCCAAAUCUGGCGAAAUAUAGCUGACGCGCCACCUCCA